CCCUCGUCACCACCGUGAUCAUGCUUGCUCCUGCAGGACGCCGCACGGCCCCUGGACGACGGGGCCAAUUUUGAGCCACGUUCAGACACGUCUCAUAUCGUGCCCUCAUGCUCUCUAUCUCGCCAUCUAUCUGUACAUUGCUGUACAUUCUCGCCGUGCCCGAACCCGUACAGUGAGACCGGCGGAAGCGAGCCCAUAGAGCAUCCGGGAGACCGCGCGAUUGGGGCGUCCGCCACGAGAAGGGAUGAAGUCACGCAAUUCAAGCCCGCAAACGUCGCCGCAAGUCGUCAAGAGAUAUCGGGUCGAUAGUCUGUCCACGCCGGCAGGCAGUCCAGUCCCGUCGACUCUGCGACAACCGGGUCUGCGCGUUGAAGAUCUGCCCAAGAUCACUAUGAACGCCUUCCAGCCGUCCAGCACGACCACCACCACCACUACAAAGUCGGCAUCGCCUGGCUCGGCACUACUGGCCGUGCAACACUCCACACCCUCGCGAUCAGACUCGUCCAAGGACAUUGCACUCACUACAAGCCCGCCAUCCGCCUCGCCCCUCUCUGCCACGUCCGAGAACUCUCCGGCAGCAUGGAGCUCUGCCAUUGGAUACGCCACAGCCACCGGCAAAAGCGGCAGGGUCAUUGAGAGAUUGAUGAGCGAGAAUGACAAGCUCAAACGGGAUCUCAACGAACAAGUCCUCCGCUGCCAGGAGCUGGAGAAGAGUCUGCAAACAUACAAACCGCAGAUUGAAGCGCUACGACAGGAGAAUGACAACUUGACUCAUGCUAGGGGCGUGGACUCAAAUUUAAUCUCGAGAAGGGACCGCAAAAUCGAAGAGCUGAAGGCGGAGUUGGCUGCGGAGCGGCAACGCAGGGAAACGGCGGAGUCUCUGGCACGGCAGCGACAACAGGAGAAGGAAGAGAUGGAGGAGCAAACACGACGCGAGAUGCAGAGCUUGGUGGAGAGCAGCAAGCACGCAACAGUGCACGCGGAGAUUCUAGAGACCAGCCAUCGGCAGCUCGCGGCGGAGUACCGGGCACGCGCGGAGACGUGGAAGAACGACCUCACUGCUGUUGCGGACGGACGAGAGCAAGAUCGGCGGAAGCUGAGUCGCCUGGAUGUCGUGGCGGAUCAAAUGCGGCAGGAGCUGGAAAGGUCGAAGAAGGUCAAUGGAGAGCUCGUCGAGGCAUGGGCGAGAUUGCGCGAGGAUCAGACUGCGCGACUCCAAGGGAUGGAGGAUGAAAACGAGCGGGAAGGAGCACGAUCACGCUUCUUGAGCGACGAGAUGGAGAAUGUGGUCAACGAGAUGCGGUGGUUAAUGGGAGUCCAGCAAAAUGUGAAGAGUCCUGGUGCUGUCGGUUAAGCGACCAGCUCUGGACAAUGGACGUAGCGGUGUCGUGGGAAGACGCAUUGACACAGCGCACCGCGGAGCAUCACUUCUUCAUACCUGUAUCAAUCUCGGGAUAGCAAGCGUUUCAUUGGCGGACACGACCUCACUUCUCCCCUUCCCGUUGAAUUGACAUGUGUCACGAGCUGGUGCAUGCAGCACGUGUCUCAUUCAACGCCAUGCGACGCGUCUCAGUCCUCCUACAUGUGUGAAUGAUUGUGGGAGAGGAUGCAGCUGUGCGUUAGUGU